AUGCCGUGGCUAUGUGAGACGCAGCUUCCGUUCGGCGAUGGUAUGUUCCAGCUGACGAUCGUAUUGAGCGCAACCAUCGCCAUGGCGAACUACUUGCUCCACGGCCAAAUAUUCCUCCUUACGGCUGGUGUCAUGGACCACUGGUGCAGACGGCCCGAUUCCUUCGCGAACCUCAGCGUCGACGAGUGGAAGCAGUUGGCCAUUCCAGUGGACAAGAACGGCGAGUACAGCCACUGCACGAUUCGCGAUCCGCCUGACGGAGGCGCAGAAGCGCGCGUCGUGCGCUGCUCGUCCUGGGAGUACGACUACACCCGAUACGGGAACAACAUCGUCAGCGCCUGGGACUUGGUGUGCGACCGGCUCUGGCUCGUCGACUUUGCGAGGUUCGUGUACUCGGCUGCUUGCGUGAUCCCGCUAGCCGCAUAUGCUUCGUUCGCGGACAGCGUUGGCCGCCGGAUGGUGCUCUUCAUCACCAUUCCCGUCGUCCUCAUAUCGGCCCUUGCCAGUGCCAUGCCGAAUGAUUUGCAGUUUUUCAUGAUUGUGCGUGCCGUCGUCUCCGCCUCGACAAGUCUUCUGGUGCCACCUUCGAUUACUUUGUUAGCCGAUGUAUCGACGAUUGACAAGUUUCCGGCAUACGUUGUGGCGGUCUGUUUGCUCUCGUUUAUUCCAAUGCCUGUUACGAUGCUCGCCGCUCAUCUCGGCAAGACAGGGUGGGUCGCCGUGCAGUUCAUACUGAUGAUGCCAACGUGUCUGCUGAUGCUGCUCUACUACUUUGUCGUCGAAUCGCCCAUCUGGCUUUUGGCAACCGGUCGUGUGAAGGAAGCCGAGCGAGUAGCUUUGCGUGCAGCCAAAACGAACAACGUUUCGGUCGAGGUUUGUCGUGUGCUCAUGGCGCGUCAAAUAGCAGACCUCCGGACACGUGGUUUGCACACAGUUGAAAGCAGUGGUCUCUGCAGUGGCAGACUGAGGGCGCGCACAGUCUUGAUGUGUUGCAUGGCGACGGCACUGUGCUUUGGCUUCGACACGUUCGUCACGAAUGAUGGCCUUCCGACGGGAGAUGUUCCGGCGUGCCUAGGCUUUGCUCUGUCAGUCGUUGCGUGUGUCGCCACCAUACCGUUUGUCAAGCACUUUGGUUUAAAAAACGCCGUGGUCGGAUCGGCGUUGGGUUUCGCUGUGACGCUGACCGCUCUCGCUGGCACGACGUACGGCGGAUGGCAAAUGCUGAACGAAUAUUUGGUAGUCCCAAUGAGGGCAGCGGGCAGCGUGUGUUUCACGUUCUUCUUGAUUAUGAUUAUCAAGUCCGUUCCCUUUUCGACGCGCUGCAGAGAAGCUGCUGCGAUGGUUGCCUCUUCUCGAUUCGGAGACACACUGGGACAGUUGAUCCCACGUUUAUUCACCAAGCAGAACACCGCUAUGUGGCUCGCCAUUUCGGGCGCUUUGAUGUCGCUCUUUGUAAUCGGUGCCGAACUUUUCCCCUGGGACUUUGAUUACUGGAUGCGACAACGCGAAAGCAGCUCCCACCGCCCAUCGUGCGAAGGUUCCAAGCGUGCCAUGCGUGAAACACUAGUGCGUCUGCCGAAAGAACCUGUGCAGCACCGGCCAAUCAAGGCGAAAGACAGAGGGGCGCCAAGACUUUCUACAACGCAAUGA